AUGGAUGAUGGAUCAUCACAACGAUCCACUGCUGAUAGUAGUCAAAUACCAUUUCCACCACCAGCUGAUUAUCAUACAACUUAUUAUACAGCUAAAGGUCAAUGUUUAACAAUACUUAAAUAUUAUCUAUCUCAUUCAACAACAAAUAAAUAUCCAUUUGCUCUGUUCAACCGUAUUCUUACACUUUAUACAUUUCAUUUUAAAACUCGUCCAUCACAUGAAUCCGAACGACGUAAAGCUUUUUGUGCUUUUCUUAUAUCUCUACUUGAUGAACAACAACAUAUAAAUCCAUAUCAAUAUUUAACUGUGAUUAUUUUAUCAUUACUUGAUGCAUCACCUGAUGAACCUAAUUGGUUAUGUUCUGUACCGAUAACAGAUGAAAGAUCAUCUCAACGUUGUCUUUGUUCAAUACUUAUAACACAUCUUGAUUCACUUAUUUAUCUUGAUAAAAGUCAUAAUUUAGAUGAAUAUAUUAAAUUUCUUUUAUCAAUUUAUCGUCUUCAAUUAUUUAUUUAUGAUAAUGAAAAUUUUCAUAAAAUGGAACUUGAUAAUGGUCAAUGUCCAGGUUUAUGUUGGUUAACAUUAUUUAUAUCAUAUGGUCAAUGUUUAUCACGUUUUCUUUUUCAUAUUAUAAAACCAACAAUAAAAAAACAAAUAUUUGACCUUUCAAUAAAAUUUGUUAAAAUUUUAAUUUUAUUUUCUUUACAAUUACAACCAACAACAUGUUUACCACAACAAGCUAAAGAAUUACAACUAUAUACAAAUCCAUCUCUUUGGCAUCUUUAUGAACUUAUGUUAUUAUAUCAUCAUCAACAACAAUCGAAUAAUGAAUCAAUAAGUAUUAUUAAUAAACAAAUACUCGAUGAUCAACUAUGUGUUUUUGGUUAUAUACAUGAUGUACUAGGAACUGGAAAUGAACUUAGAUAG